AUGGAAAAAUUCCUAAAGGAUGAUUUUUAUUUACUGAGUCUUACUGAAAUAAUUCUGUAUGGUUGGAGGUUUGACAAAAUUAUGCGUUUGAAACAUAGUGAACAUAUUUGGAAGGUUAAUGAAGAAAUAAGGAGGUUUAUUGGAGAAAUUUUUAAAAUUAGAAAACACUUUGGAGGAAAAAGUUGGUCCAAAUGCUGGACGAAAACCGUAAAAAUAAAUAAAUAA